AUGCCCAUUCACCUGUCUUACAUACCCUAUGUCCCCGAAAAGAGUCGAUCUCAGAACGACUAUGAGCUUCUCCAGUCCAAGGCACGCUCGCACGCAGCCAAGUUCAGGCAUCGCUGGUCAAAGACAUAUCCACCUCAUCCGAGACAUUGCACCGAGACAGCAUCGAGCAAGCAGAAUGGAAGGCCUCCGUCCUGCGGAGGACAAAACCAUACUCCCUACUCCCCUCGAAUACGGAUUGAGCAGCUGUUGAUAGAUGAGGACCAAGGGACUAAGACCAUUAGUGUUGGGCAACUCGUGACGCGGGACAACGACGACUCCGAGGCUGACGUCGACAAUUCUCCACUCUGCUCCCUGGCACAACCGUGCACGCCAGAGAUUGAAUUUGUGUUUCCCAAUCCAUGGCAUUGGACAAGAGGUGCACGAGUUGAUCCGUUCGACUGCGUUCCUGGAACUGAUCGUUAUGGUGCCUCCCUCGCAAUUGAUUUCCUUGUACACUAUGUCAUGCCGACCGUUGCCUCAAUCAACGAAGCAUUCAACGUCGUCAAUGUUUACGGACAUUGGGUUCUGGAGAACAUGGCAAAAUAUGAGGACUUCUUCCACGUGCUACUGGGUCUGACAAAAGUGGCGCACACUGCAAUCGCAUGUCCUGGAUCUCCCUUACCACAAGACGCCUUCAUUCAUGCGGGACGGGCAAUGUCCAAGCUGCGAGCCAGGCUGGCGAGACCAAACGCGCGUGCGGAUGACGGCGCAAUUUUGACAAUCCUGUACCUGGCCAUGUUUGAGAGAGGUCUUGGAAACAACGCAGCAUACAAGGCGCAUCGAGCCCAGGUCGACCAAAUGGUGGCCUCACGAGGCGGCGUCAGCCGCUUGGGAGUGGGGACUUCAGCUCGGGCAACCUUGACAGUCCUGCUAUCCCUCUCCGGCGACCAGCCGCCCGAUUCACCCUCUUCCCAGCCUUUCACAGCAGAAUUGGCUUUGCGACAAGCUCCUCAUGUUCGCUAUGGACCAGAUGACCUUGAGACAAUUGAGAGGCUCCCGUGCGGGUUCCGGAACCUGGCGAGAGCGGGAGCACUCUCCUCCGAGACGCUUCAAAUCAUCCACAGAAUCAGCGUCAAGCGGGAUUGGAGCCCCCAGGACCACGAGUACAGAGAAAGGCAAGGCGAGGAGAAAACCAAAGUCUACGGGCCUGUCGCGGGUCAAGCAUGGAAUUUCUGGGAUGCCUGUACGGCGUUCCGAAACCCCGAAGGACCCGAAGGACCGUCGCUGGAGAAGAUGAUCUGGCUCGCCUUGUUUCGCUACUGCGCCAACCGCGCCAACCGCCUACGGCCGAAAGCGUGCAUCUACCAUUCCGCCACGAUGCAGUUGACGGCUCGACUGCCCACGUUCAGGGUGUCCAACUCGCGCACCGAGCGGGACUGCCUGAUCUGGAUCUGGCUCGUCGCCAUCGACUCCUGGGCCAUGGCGCAGGAUUCCACCGAGAUGUAUCCCGAAGGUUUGCAGCUCGUGUCCCAGAUGCACAAGGCCAUGCCUGAACUUGGGGACUGGGAGUGGUGGGACCUUGAGUCCUUGGGCCAGAAAUUCUUCUGGCGCGAAGACAUCAGGACCGUCUUGAGGGCGAACUGGGAGUCGCCGACCCUGCGAGAGGACUUCUGA